AUCGAGGGGGCGAACUGAGGAAGCUGCAAUAAACACACAGGGCGUCUGCGCCUAUCUAAGUAGGACAAUAAAGUGGAUACGGCAUCGCUACUUCGAAUGAUGGAUCUACCCCACGCCCUCAUCCUGAAAGUUUUCAUCUUUGGGUUCUUAUUAAGCUAUACCCAAGGAUACUACAGAAACCCGCUGAAUAAGUACAUCCGUCACUAUGAAGGCCUUUCCUACGACACAGAGCUCAUCCACAGCAAGCACCAGAGGGCCAAGAGAGCUCUGUCCCAUGAAGACAAGUUCCUUCAUCUAGAAUUUCAUUCCCAUGGAAGGCAUUUCAAUUUACGGAUGAAAAGGGAUGCAACCUUGUUCACUCCUGACCUUAAAGUGGAUGUUUCUGGAGUUGAGGUCCCAUUUGAUACCUCUCACAUAUACACUGGUGAAAUCUUUGGUGAGAAAGGUACACUGACCCACGGCUCUGUAGUGGAUGGAAAGUUUGAGGGCUUCAUUCAGAGUUACCAUGGCAACUACUACGUGGAGCCUGCUGAGAGAUACCUUGAGGGAAAAGACGUUCCGUUCCACUCUGUCAUCUAUCACGAAGACGACAUCCACUACCCUCACAAGUAUGGCUCAGAGGGAGGCUGCGCUGACAGCACUGUCUUUGAAAGAAUGAAGAAGUACCAGUCCUCUGCUGUGGAGGGCCCAGCCAAGGAACUUCACCACGAGGAUGACUCCAAUGAGCCCGUCCUGCUGAGGAAGAAGAGGAUGACCCAGCCUGAGAAAAACACCUGCCAACUCUUCAUCCAGACUGACCACCUCUUCUAUAAGUACUACAAGACCAGAGAGGCAGUCAUUGCUCAGAUCUCCAGCCAUGUCAAAGCUAUCGAUGCCAUCUAUCAGGGCACUGACUUCAUGGGGAUCCGUAACAUCAGCUUCAUGGUGAAGAGGAUCAGGAUCAACACCACCACUGAUGAGCGGGAUCGGUCCAACCCAUUCCGCUUUGCCAACAUCGGAGUUGAGAAGUUCCUGGAGCUGAAUUCAGAACAGAACCACGACGACUACUGUCUGGCUUAUGUUUUCACCGAUCGAGACUUUGAUGAUGGCGUCUUGGGCUUGGCCUGGGUGGGAGCCCCUUCAGGGAGUUCGGGAGGAAUCUGUGAGAAGAGCAAGCUGUACUCAGACGGGAAGAAGAAAUCGCUCAACACUGGCAUCAUAACGGUGCAGAACUACGCCUCCCACGUGCCUCCCAAAGUCUCCCACAUCACAUUUGCACAUGAAGUGGGACACAACUUCGGCUCCCCGCAUGACUCUGGCUCCGACUGCACUCCAGGAGAAUCCAAGAGUCAAGACAAGAAGGAGAAGGGCAAUUACAUCAUGUACGCCCGGGCCACAUCGGGAGACAAGCUGAACAACAACAAGUUCUCCAUCUGUAGCGUGCGCAACAUCAGCCAGGUGCUGGAGAAGAAGAGAGGGAACUGCUUCGUGGAGUCUGGCCAACCCAUCUGUGGAAACGGCUUGGUGGAGCCAGGCGAGGAUUGCGACUGUGGCUACAGCGACCAGUGCAGAGACCAGUGCUGCUAUGAUGCCAACCAGCCCGACAACAAGAAGUGCAAGCUGAAGCCUGGAAAAGUCUGCAGCCCCAGCCAGGGUCCCUGCUGCACUGCCGAGUGCAGUCACAAGGGUCGCAACGAGAAGUGCCGGGAUGAGUCCGAGUGCGCUCACCAGGGCACGUGCAACGGCAACAGCGCCCUCUGCCCCUCAUCCGAACCCAAGGCCAACUUCACCGCCUGCCACGGAGAUACGCAAGUUUGCGUCAACGGGGGCUGCUCCGGCUCCAUCUGUGCGAAGUACGGGCUCGAGGCGUGCACAUGUGCCAGCCAGGAUGGGAAGGAUGAGACGGAGCUUUGCCACGUGUGCUGCAUGGAGAAGACGAACACCAACAUAUGCAGCAGCACCGGCUCCGAGAGCCUGGCUCGCUUCUUCAACAAGAAGGUGAUCACGCUGCCCGCCGGGUCGCCCUGCAACGACUUCAAGGGCUACUGCGACGUGUUCAUGAAGUGCCGGCUGGUGGACGCAGACGGACCUCUGGCCCGGCUGAAGAAGGCCAUCUUCAAUCCAGAGCUCUAUGAGAACAUCGCAGAGUGGAUUGUUGCUCAUUGGUGGGCUGUGCUGCUGAUGGGCAUCGCGCUCAUCAUGCUGAUGGCUGGCUUCAUCAAGAUCUGCAGUGUGCACACGCCCAGCAGUAACCCCAAGCUUCCUCCUCCCAAACCUCUUCCAGGCACUUUGAAGCGGAGGCGCGCGCAGCAGCACGCUAGCUCGCAGGUGCAGCACCAGUCCCAGCACCCGCACGGCGGCCACGGUGGCCAGCGACAAGGCCAGCGGCAGCAGCAGCGACAGGCGCAGCCCCAGCGGCACCACCGCCAGCCCAGGGAGAACUAUCAAAUGGGCCAGAUGCGACGCUGAGACCCUGCACCCUGGCCCCUUCCCCCAAUGCCUUGGCUCCUCCUUGUGCCUACAGUGGGAAACAAAAGCGUCACUCCAUCCAAAGAAAGGCCGGACACGGUCGUGAGGCGUCAUCAUCAUCAUAUCCUCAUCGACAGACCCGAGCGAAGCAGAAACAUUAUCUAACAACCUGGCUGGCUCUUUGUGGGGUGGACUCGAAACCAUCAGCCAUUUCCAAUGCAGUGUGACCGCUUGUCUCUCUUUUUUUUUUCUCUCAUCUCAAAAGGAGUGCCAAGGAGUUAAGGAACCAUGUGUAGCUUUUGUCCAUUCUGUGAUGUAUUCUUCCUCUUCUGUUGCGCGUCUUUCUUGAGUGACACACCCAUGGCUGCUGUUUGUUCCGUGCUUUUCUUUCGCCAUUCUAGCCAGGAAUGAGAGACUCUCGGCGGGGAUUUGUGGCACUUUUGUGAUUUACACGCGUCACACGGCAAAAGACACACAGGCCCCGGUCUGUCGUGCAGACGGUCUUCUGCAUGUGACUGUAAAUAUUUAGUGUAUCAUAAGUGCAAAACUAUUUCUUCUACUGUAAAUGUGUAAGUCUUCACUUUUUGGUUUUUCUUUUUUUUUUUUCUUUUGUUAGUGCUCUCAGGACUCUUGACACAUACAUAAAGCAGCGACAGUUGUGAUGAGGUCCUUGGGCUCGCUGGCGUCCAGGAUUUGACCCUGUCAAGUUUUUGCUCACAGCGGCCCAAAUCAGGUGGAUCUCUUUCAUUUCGUAAGAUUGUGAGAUUUUGAUUUGAACAUAAAGGUCACCAUAUCCCUCGCAAUGGCCUUUUGUUUGUUCAAUUAACAUGUGUUUUUUUGUUUUGUUUUGUUUUGUUUUUACACGUAACAAGCUUGAGGAGCAGAGGCGGGAGGGGAAAGGGACGUGCUUGUUACGCUUUUGUCGCGUGGACAGAUUUUGUGAAUGAGGAUUUGAAAUAACCACUAACUGAAGAUGAUGGUGAUUCAGACUUGAGGAGGAGGGAACGCUGCCGUGAUUUAGUGUAGAUUGGAGCGCCAGCUAGUAGACGCGAGUGUGGAAGUACUGCUGAAAAAUGACUCCAGUGUGGAUGUAAAAAAAAAAAAAAAUGUAACAUUGAAUCAUACUAUUAUUCUUCAGAUAGCGAAUCUAAGAACUUUUGUGGGCAUGCGGACACAUUUAUUAAAUGUGGAUCUUAAUUGACCAUGGUCUGUAAUAUUUGUACGUCUCUCAAUGACACUUUAUUUACGUUGACAGCUGAAACAAAUGGAAGCAGCGAUGCAUUGUGGCAACGGUCACUGGGUGUUUUCGGGUCGUGUGUUCACCAGAUGCACAGGAGACCCACCUCAGUGUGACGCCACCUUCAGAUAGAUUUAAUGUAGGUGCUAAGUAGCGUUUUGGAACACAAACAAUUUAGGAUAGACAUUUCUGGACUGAAUUUGGCGCUGCUGACCGAGCGUUAAGCUAAGCUUAUGUAUGAGGGGAUCACAUCUGGGCGGCAAACCGAUGUCUCAAAGUGCAACUACUCUUACGUUUUUAAUUUAGUCUUCAAGGUCCAGAUCAUUGAGUCUUAAAAUCUAUGUGUGGACUUGUACAGUACGACAAGAAUUUCAUUUCAGAUCAAAGUUUUUUUUUUUUAUAUAUACACAUCUGUCAAUUUUCUUUUGACUUCUCUAGUAAAGUGUUCAAAGAUUUGUGGCAAACGCCCCUCGCCCCCUUGUCCCGCCCCCUACACUAAGUUAUUUCUGUUCAUUAUGUGCUAGUUGAUCUGGAGUUUGUUUCUGAUACACACUCUGGUGUGUCGGGGUGAGUGUCGGAACAUUCUCGCGUUUCUGUCUUUGUUCUCCUGUGGCAUGGUUUGGGUAGAAGAGCAGCAGAAUAAUGCCUGUAAAUUUUACUUUCUCUUUCAUUUGCUAGUCUUGGUAAAAUAAUUAAAAAAAAGUUUCUAGGUAAAUGUGCACUGAAAUGUCCAAAAUUGAAAUGUUGUAGGUGAUGUAGGCCGAAAGAACACGAGAUUUAAAAAGUAAUACUACUGUCUGAUUUUAAUGUUCACUGUGUUUUAUACAGUAUCUGAAAUUUUUGUUCACUUUGAACAUUUUUACUAAAAAAACAAAAAAAUCAAAUUGUAUUGUGCAAAGAGAUGUAAUUUUUGGAGUACUUGAAAUGCAUUCAUUAAAAGACUCGUUCAAAAUAAAAUAGACCCCUGUUUACUGUCUAA